CCCUGGCUCCCGUAAAGAUGGCUGACGCGGUGCAGCCAGGCCCCAGCAGCCUGCGGAUACCCGUGGAUAAUUUAUCAGCCCCGUCAUCGCCUGCGACAGCUAGAAACGACUGCAGCAUCACACCCCUCACACCCUCACCCUCACCGCUGGUGGAGGUCAAACCCAGGAUGUCCUGUCCGUUCUCGGUUGUCGUGGCGAUAGACUUUGGGACGACCUCCAGCGGCUACGCGUUCAGCUUCACACAGGACUCAGAAGCCAUUCACAUGAUGAAGCGCUGGGAGGGCGGCGACCCAGGGGUGGCCAAUCAGAAGAGCCCGACCUGCCUGCUGCUGACUCCUGAUUUGCGGUUCCACAGUUUUGGGUUUGCGGCCCGGGACUUCUACCACGACCUAGACCCGGAGGAGGUCCGGCACUGGCUGUACUUUGAUAAGUUCAAGAUGAAGAUCCACAGCACAAGUGACCUCAGCAUCGAGACGGAGCUGGAGGCGGUCAACGGACGGAGGGUCCGAGCCAUUGAGGUCUUUUCUCACGCCCUGCACUUCUUCAGGGAACAUGCCCUAAAGGAGGUGAAGGACCAGUCGUCAUCGGUGCUGGAGGGAGAAGAUAUCAGAUGGGUAAUCACCGUCCCCGCUGUGUGGAGACAACCUGCCAAACAGUUCAUGAGAGAGGCUGCAUACCUGGCGGGUCUGGUGUCUCCCGACUGUCCCGAGCAGCUCCUCAUCGCACUGGAACCCGAAGCUGCGUCCAUUUACUGCCGUAAGCUCCGCCUCCACCAGGUGCUUGACCUGAGCUUGCAGCCAAUCACAAACGGCUUUGAUCUGGAAGGGUCCCGGCCCUUUGACUCCAGCUUCAGACAAGCGAGGGAGCAGUUGAGGCGAUCGAGACACAGCAGAACCUUCCUGGUGGAGAGUGGAACUGGAGAGCUGUGGUCUGAGCUACAGACUGGCGACAGGUAUAUUGUUGCCGACUGCGGAGGAGGAACAGUUGACCUGACAGUCCAUCAAAUCGAGCAGCCACAGGGAACACUCAAAGAGCUCUACAAGGCUUCAGGCGGUCCGUACGGUGCCGUCGGAGUAGACCUGGCCUUCGAAGCCAUGCUGUGCCAGAUCUUCGGUGAGGACUUCAUCCAGAGCUUCAAAGCCAAGCGGCCGGCGGCAUGGGUGGACCUCACCAUCGCGUUCGAGGCGAGGAAACGGACGGCGGCGCCGGGCAGGACCAACGCCCUCAACAUCUCCCUGCCCUUCUCUUUCAUCGACUUCUACAAGAGACAUAGGGGGCAGAGUGUGGAGGCCGCCCUGAGGAGGAGCAAUAUGAACAUAGUGAAGUGGUCGUCCCAAGGGAUGCUGCGGCUGACACAGGAAGCCAUGAACGAGCUCUUCCAGCCCACCAUCGUCAGUAUCGUCAAACACAUUGAGGAGCUGAUGGCAAAGCCGGAGGUGCGCGGCGUGCGUUUCCUCUUCCUGGUCGGCGGUUUUGCAGAGUCGCCCAUGCUGCAGAAAGCGGUCCAGAGAGCACUGGGGCGGGCGUGUCGCAUCAUCAUCCCUCAUGACGUCGGGCUGACCACACUCAAGGGCGCCGUGCUCUUCGGGCUGGACCCCACCGUGGUCAGAGUGCGCCGAUGCCCCCUGAUCUACGGCGUCGGCGUCUUGAACCGGUUCGUGGAGGGGCGCCAUCCUCGUGACAAACUCCUCAUCAAGGAGGGUCGAGAGUGGUGCACCGACAUCCUCGACCGGUUCGUCUGCGUCGACCAGUCGGUGGCUCUGGGCGACGUCGUGAGGCGGAGCUACACGCCCGCUCGCCUGGGCCAGCGAAAGAUCAUCAUCAACAUUUACUGCAGCUCGGCGGACGACGUUACCUACAUCACCGACCCCGGAGUCAGGAAGUGCGGGACGAUAACUUUGGACCUACCGGAACCGUUACCGCUACCGAGGGCAGUGGGAGGAGCAGGAGGAGGAGGAGCGGUCCCAGAGAGGAGAGAGAUCAGGGCGACCAUGCAGUUUGGAGACACGGAGAUCAAAGUCACAGCCGUUGAUGUCAUGUCUAACCGCUCCGUCCGGGCUUCCAUAGACUUCCUGUCUAACUGAGGAGGAGCAGGAAGUAGAGACGAGGAUUGGAAAAACAUAGGACAAAUAACAGAUUCUAGGGAUGAUAACUGUGGGGGAAAAAGCGGUACUUUGGGCGUCGGCUUUGCAUUCUAAGAAAAAACUCACAUCCUGUAAUUCAGACGUUUAUGCUACACGUUUAUUCAUUAGAGUAGCAAAAAGGUCACGAGAGAGAAAUAUUUUUUAUUUUUUAAGUACAUACUAAAAAAACAAUGUGUCAGCAUCUCCCUUAAUUGAAGAGUCAGGCGCCCUCUACGUCCAAGAAAAGAAGACAUGAAUUCGGUGUCAUGUCACACCACAUAAUCCUGUCAUUUUCCUGCCCAGAAAUUAUUCACAGGAACACUUGUAUGAAGUCUGUAAAAGCUAAUGCCAGCAGGUGGCUGAGUGCCCUCCCUGCUGCAACGAGGUGUAUUUUAACUAUUGCAUUAAACUACCUAGAGUGAGACUCACUCAUCUUAUUAUAUGAAGACUGCUGCCUCCCCCUCAUAUAAUGGAUUAUAAAGGGAUAUGUCACCAGUUCUGGUCUGAUACCUCAUAUAAAUCCUAUUUACCCAGACUGCAGCUUUGUUUCUCCAUUGUGACUAUGGUAGUGCUCGACCUAGUGGCGAAAAGACUGAACUACAAGCUGUAGGUCAUAUGGGCAGUUAAAGGUUCCCAGCAUGCAGGAGACACACUCCUAAGGUUCCUUCUCUGGGAAAGACUGUGCCAUUAUUGCAGAAUAUGCAGGUUUUUCAUGAAGUACGUCAUCAUUCAAUUUUUCAUUGCAAAUCAGGGUAAGAGCAUCAUCUGUGUGACAAGCUAUUUCUCCAUACUUAGUCAGAUACAAAAAUGGGAGUACACUAGCUAGCCUGUCCAGUUGCUUUCAACCUCAUCUGCUUCUCAGUAGAUGGAGACGGAUCAGUUGUCGUCACUAGACCUUAUGUUACGCCCAGUCUCGGGGAAACCGCAUAACGACGGGUCUCCCCUCCCAAAUAAGGACCAAUGCUGUUAAAGUUCACAAUAUUUAUAUAUUGUGAUGUGGUAUAAAUAAUCAUCAGAGUGAGCCUGGCCCAAAACAACAAACAAAACAAUCUUUGCAAGUAGCCUCACUUCCCUAUAGCCCACCCAAAGUAAACAAAAGGUAUCUUAUCUACCUACUUAACUUGGAAACAGGAGAAAACAAGUGGAACAAAAAGGG